UUAGUGUACUAUCUGUGGGAGAACAAAGUGUUCUUAAAUUAUCAACUACACCCUACUGCAUUGCAAGUUUUGAACUUUGUCAGGGCAUUGAAACCCUGUUGUCUAUCUAGUCUCAUGUGUCAAUAGCAAAAUUGUAUGACAGAAAAAGGAUAGAAAAAAGAUGACAUUCAAAGUGUGGACAGUGUACUUCAUUCUGCUACUGUCUGGUUGUUCAGCUCUCAGUAUUCAGCAGUGUACAUCUGGAGAGAAGUACAUUAAUGAACAAACCACUGUACACCUCAGGUGCGGUCAGUGUAGCGAUAAGAUACAAUGGUAUGUUAGGGGCGACAACGAUCAACGUGAUAAAUACGUUGGCGAGUGCACUAAAGUCACGUGCAACGUUGAAGACAACUCUGCCUUUCGGUUAGCAGCAAACAUGAGAAAAAAAUUUUACAGCAGUGAACUUGACAUUAUUAACAUCCAACGACGGAACCCACUUCACGUAUCCUGCUGGUGUUACCGCUUCUACACAAAUCUUUUUUAUACAAAGUACUACUUCGAAGCCAGUGCUUCAUGCAAGCUUAUCACAGUGCCUAUCAGCAUUGUCCAUGGGAGCUGCAGUGUACAGCUGUCAGGAUGGAAAGUGUCCGGAGUGUGUACAGUUCAAUGGCUGGAUGGUCAAACUACUCCUACGUGCAAAUGGAGUUUGAAAUACAAGAGUGGAGAAAGUGGCCUACAUCAUUUACAAGGCCCAACGUCAUCUGUCCAGCGUGGGUCUACAUGGUACAAUACAAGAAACUGUACGUUCGAGGUCGACAUGCCUGUGGAUGAUGGCGAUUAUACCUACAGUGUCACAGUGCCCUCCCACCCAGCGGAUCGUUUCUCAAAGACACUUCGCAUUGAGCAGCCAGAGGUACCGCAGCACAACUGUCCAGAAAUGGUUCUUGAAGGGUCCAGUAUCAACUGCACAUGCUAUACAUCGAAGAUUGGGAAACCACCUGCACACAUUGCGUGGUCUGAAUCAAAUAACGAGCAUCUGGCUGUGGAAAAUAUAUAUAGAGGAGGAAGCGGCGCCCUUUUUACUUGCAAGCUUUUGUGGGGAGCCAUCAGUAAAGAAACGAUAUACACCGUUAGAGUAAUGAAUGGUCCCUCUGGAAUAGACAUCAGAAGCUACACGAGAACAUCUGGAGACAGUACAGAGAUUGUGUUAGUAUGUACUGCAAUAGAUGUUUACCCUUCAGCUGUGUUUGUCUGGAACAUCACGUGUGACAACAUUACUGACAGCUCGAAUACCAGCACGUGUACCUUUACUACAACGAGUGAAGAAGCCGAGAUGAUAGUCGAGUGCACAGCAAGCAACAGUGUGUUUGAGAAUGUGUCUUCAUCGGCGAUUUACGUGGUACAUAUCUCAGGAAACAAACAGUCUCAUGACAUAUUGAUAAUAAGCGGGAUCUCUGCUACCGUUGUUAUCGUCAUUGGAGCUGUUAUCUUCGUCUGCAUCAUCAACAAGUGGCGAGUCUUCAGCAAGCGUGGGACACCGACUCCUGUUGUACACUACACCGCGCCGUCAGGUGACCUGUACACCAUCGCUGGUACAACGAUAAGAAACCACGGCGAUAAUGAGAAUAUGGUAAUUUGUGAAACAAUCGAGAAUCGACUAUCUAGAACAGAGCGUAUUGGGUUUGAUCAGGCUUGGUCAAAACCUGACAAGAGGGACGAAAGAAGAAAACCUUUAAAGCCAAAAAGAAACCCAAAGCCAAUCAGAACAGAGGUUAACUCCGCGAAUGUCACUGAACUGUCAGCUGAUUCUUGUGUGGACGUUUAUCAUGACCUUUCCUGGACAACCUCUGGAUUGACUGAACCUGAUACAAUCAAAACUACUGCAGCAGAGAUUGGAAAUGACGAAUAUAAUGCCCUACAUUUCCAUGUGAACUGUUCAGAACAUCAACAGGACGACACUGACUACAGCCACCUUAACCUUUAGUAGCAACUACAGUGAUUCGCACUUGGAUUAUUUCUCCCGAAAUGUGACAAGGAAAAACAUUGUAUAGCUUGUUAACUGCCAAUGAUAAGCAAAUUGUUUGCUUUCUUCACAGUGUUUGUUAAAAUGGAAGGAAACAAACAAAGAAAAAGUAAAUACAUGUACCAUAUAAUUUUGAAUAAUUUAUUUUUGUUUGUCUCUAAUUUUGUUUGUGUGUGUGUGUGCGUGGUUUCAGUCUCCUUUGAUAUUUUAUUUUUUUAUUUUUUUGAAUUUACUGUUAAAUAUGUGAUUACUGCUAGUUCAAACUUUACAUAUAUAUAUAU